UCUGCUUCAUUAAGGAGUCAGCAUACACAUGAGGGUCCUUGACCUCUUAUCUAGCUACCUGGAAUGAAGCCUUACCUAAAGAGUCAUGAAAUACACCUGGGACUGUCCUGCUGAUGUGCACCUUCAGAAGUGACAGCUCAAGAUAAUGCCAGAGGCAGUUAGCUACUCCUCACCUUUAUGUUGCACCUGGUUGUGCUAUCUUAUAAAAAUGACUCCAUAUUAUGAGGGGUAGCUUAAACUAUAAACGUAUAUCGAAACGUAUCCGCCAGCUUUUAAAGGAAUACAUUUAAAAGAUGUUAGUUUGAUGCAACAGGUUUAAGCUAACGUUAGCUUGUCUGUGGAGCUAGCCAAAAGGCCUCGUAGCCUCUUUUGACACAUAAUAGUGAAACAUACAUCUUUUUACUCUGUAAUGGAGAACAGGCAGCUGAAUUAAGUUACACAAACGUUUCUGGAGGGGAUUUUUUUCGACAUGACGGGCCAGGAUAAAAUACACUCACAUUUGGGAUUUAAGCUAAUGCUAACGCUUGUUAGCCUAGCUGCUAACCACUUCACUCAAGAGGCUGAACAUCCUUUGGAGGCACAUUUCAACCCCAGGAAAGCUGAGCGACAGCCGGCCCUCAGAGGGGGAGACGUGGACAGCACAGGACGGAUGGAGAGACACGCGGUACAUCCGAAGUGUUGGACAACUGCAGAGGCGUGUGACAGCGCACUGGUGUCCAAUCUGCUGCCAUCGUCCUUCAGAAGCUCCUCCCAGCUAUCAAGCAGCCACGCACCAGGCUUCGCCAAACUCAACAGGAGGGAAGGAGCUGGAGGCUGGUCCCCCCUCACCUCAGACAGGUAUCAGUGGUUGGAGGUGGACCUGGGCGAGCGAACCAAGAUCACCGCCGUGGCCACUCAGGGUCGCUACGGCAGCUCUGAUUGGCUGUCGUCGUACCUGCUGAUGUUCAGCGACACGGGACACAACUGGAAACAGUACAGACAGGAGGACAGCAUCGGGUCUUUUCCAGGUAACAGUAAUGCAGACAGCGUGGUUCAAUACAAACUGCAGCAGCCAGUGAUUGCUCGCUUCCUCCGCCUCAUCCCUCUGGACUGGAACCCCAGCGGGAGGAUCGGACUGCGGCUGGAGGCCUAUGGAUGUCCUUACACCUCUGAUGUCCUGAGUCUGGACGGCAUCAGCAGCAGUCUGGUGUUCAGGUCGAGUCCCGGGCCGAGGCAGACGUCCAGAGAUGUCCUCUCUCUGCAGUUUAAAACCCUGAGGAAUUCUGGGACGCUGCUGCACGUGGAGGGAGAGGGAGGACUCGGUCUCAGUCUGGAGCUGGAGAGAGGGAAGCUGCUGCUGCUGCUCAGAAAAGGCAGGACAUCACCCUCUGAGCCCCGGCGUCUCGCUUCCCUCGGCAGCUUGUUGGACGAUCAGCAUUGGCACCACUUGGCGUUUGAGCGGCACAGCUCUCACCUCAACCUCACGGUGGACAAACACACGGAGAGGGUUCAACUCUCUGCAGAGUUCAGCCACUGGGACAUCAAGCAGUUGAGUGUCGGAGAGGUGCAGGUCCACAGCUCUCAGAAAGCAGUUGUCUCUAAGAGGAACUUCCACGGCUGUCUGGAGAACCUGCAGCACAACGGGCACAACUUGAUAGAGCUGACGAAACACAAAGACCACCAAGUUACAGUGAUGGGCAAUGUGACCUUUUCUUGUGCUGAGCCAGUUUCCGUUGCUGUGACUUUCCCCGGCCCCGGGAGCUUCCUCCAGCUGCCAGCGGCGACAGCAUCCUCUUCAGGGGGCGUGUCUAUAGGGUUUCAGUUCAGGACUUGGAACAAGGCGGGGCUUCUGCUCACCUUUGACCUGGCUCAGGAAGGGGGCAUGGCCUGGUUGUACCUGAGUGAGGCCAGACUUCGGCUGCAGAUCCAUAACACUGGCAGGGCGCUGCUGGAGCUCAGUGCAGGUUCUGCUCUGAGCGAUGGUCAGUGGCAUUCAGUGGAGCUGAUCUCCAGGCGUGGUCGCCUGACAGUCUCUGUAGAUAAAGAAGAAGGAGGCGUCGCCCAUGCCAGCCACUCUGUCUCUGUAGGAAGUAAACUCUUCUUUGGAGGUUGUCCAGCUGAAGAUGACAGUCAGGAAUGUAAAAACCCCUUCAACAUCUUUCAAGGCUGCAUGCGUCUCAUCAGCAUGGACAACCAGCCCGUGGACCUGAUUAUGGUGCAGCAAAGACUGCUGGGAAAUUACAGUCGGCUUCAGAUUGACAUGUGCGGCAUCAUGGACAGGUGUUCUCCCAGUCGCUGCGAGCACGGCGGUCUCUGCAGUCAGUCCUGGACCGUGUUUCACUGUAACUGCUCUGACAGUGGAUACAGCGGAGCCACCUGCCACAGCUCUGUGUACGAGCAGUCCUGCGAGGCGUACAAACACAACGGCAACACGUCGGGACAUUUCUACAUCGACGUGGACGGCAGCGGACCAAUCAAACCACAGCUGGUGUACUGCAACAUGACAGAGGACGACACGUGGAUGGUGAUCCAGCACAACAACUCAGAGCUCACCAGAGUCCGACCGUCUCCAGGUGUGAACCAGCAUUCAAUCCACUUUGACUACUCCACUGGAGAGCAGCAGCUAUUGGCCGCCAUCCGCCAAUCAGAGCACUGCGAACAGGAGCUGUCGUACCACUGCAGGAAGUCCCGCCUCCUCAACACUCCAGAGGGCUCUCCCUUCAGCUGGUGGUUCGGCGGUCCUGGUCCUGGUAGUCCUCAGACUUACUGGGGUGGAGCUCAGCCCGGGAGUCAGCAGUGUGCCUGCGGCCUGCAGGGCGACUGUGUGGACCCUCAACACUACUGCAACUGUGACGCAGACCGCAUAGAGUGGGCUGAGGACUCCGGCCUGCUCAUCCAUAAGGAGAGCCUCCCUGUCAAGUCUCUGGUGCUGGGUGACAUCCAGAGGUCGGGGUCAGAGGCCGCCUAUAGGGUUGGACCCCUGCGAUGCCAUGGAGACAAGAACUUCGGGAACGCUGCGUUCUUCGACAAAGAGACGUCAUACCUCCACUUCCCCACCUUCCAUGGAGAGCUGAGCGCAGAUAUCUCCUUCCUGUUCAAAACCACGGCCGCCUCCGGAGUGUUCCUGGAAAACCUGGGCAUCAAAGACUUCAUCCGGAUUGAACUGAGCUCCUCCACUCAGGUGGUUUUCUCCUUCGAUGUGGGUAACGGGCCGCUGGAGGUCCGCGUUGAGUCGACCGUGCCGCUGAACGACAACAGGUGGCAUCGAAUCCGAGCCGAGCGAAAUGUCAAGGAGGCGUCGCUUCGACUGGAUGGACUCCCCGUGGCCACGCAGGAAGCUCCCGCUGACGGACACUUCCACCUGCAGCUCAACAGCCAGCUGUUCAUAGGAGGCACAGCAUCCAGGCAGAAGGGCUUUCGAGGGUGUAUUCGCUCCCUGCAGCUGAACGGCGUCACCCUGGACCUGGAGGAGAGGGCAAAGAUCACACCCGGGGUUCGAGCCGGCUGCCCGGGUCACUGCAGCAGCUACGGCUCGCUCUGCCAGAACCAGGGCCGCUGUGUGGAGAGAGCCAACGGAUUCCACUGUGACUGCAGCCUGUCAGCAUACACUGGAGUCUUCUGCCAUACAGAGUUGUCAGCCAGCUUCAAACCGGAGACGUCUGUCACCUACACCUUCAAGGAGCUGUAUGAGUUAAGAGGAAACAGCAGCGCUCUGCCGUCCUCCAUCUACUCCGACAUGACGCUGAGAGGAGAGAACGUCUCUCUGAGCUUCAGGACCAAUCAGAGUCCGGCUGUGCUGUUCUACGUCAGCUCCUACUACAGAGAGUACCUGGCCCUGCUCAUCAACAAGCACGACAUGCUGGAGGUGAGAUACAAGCUGGACAGCAGCAGAGAGGCUGAGGUGUUGAGGAGCAGAGUGAGGAGCCUGGCCAACGGACAGCUUCACACUGUGAGCAUCAGGAGGCUGACGGACUCUGUGUCUGUGCAGAUUGAUCAAGACCCCAGAGAAGAAUUCAACCUGACAUCCGACGGAGAAUUUAACGCCAUCAAGUCUCUGGUGUUGGGGAAAGUGCACGACUCUGAUGAUCUGGAUCCAGACCUGGCCCGGGUGGCAUCUCUGGGUUUCACCGGCUGUCUGUCUGUGGUCCACUUUAACUCCAUCAGCCCUCUGAAAGCUGCUCUGCUCCACCUGGACACCAGCCCUGUCAUCAUCAGCGGACCUUUAGUCCAGUCCAACUGUGGCUCCUUGGCUUCAGCUAAUCCCUACGCAGUGGAGAACACACACCACCUGUCAGAUCAGUCGGGCUCAGUGGGUUCAGGUCAGCCGUUAGUCAAUGCCGUCAGAAGUGACUCUGCUCUGAUUGGAGGUGUCAUAGCAGUGGUGAUCUUUGUGGCCGUAACCGGCCUUGCGAUAGCCGCCAGAUUCCUCUACAGGAGAAAAGAGACGUAUCGAAACCAGGAAGUGAAGGGAGUGAAACAGGAGGACAGCAGAGAUUUCUCUUUCAACAACCAGACUGACUCUCAGAAUGCCUCUGGUGAAAACCCAAAGGAGUAUUUUAUUUAACUGGAGGCCUGAUGAACUGGAGAGAUCUGGAGCUGAGGUUGCCGGAGGAGGCUGUCCUGCCUCACCUCAGGACUUUACACUGCACUCAGAGCCAAUCAGAGACUUCAAUGGAGGUUGGGGCUCCACAGAAUAUGGGAAGCAAAAAAAGGAACUGUGUAUUUAACUGUAUAUAAUGUUUAUACCGAAACAAACAUCCUUACAUGUUGAUAUGCUUGUUUCAAAAACUGUACAUAUUCAAAAAGUGUAAAUGUGGAAGUUCUGUCAAUCUCUAAUUACCGUCACUCUGUCAUGUUCAAAGGUUUCAAUUAUGGAAGACAGAUUUUGUACACGUGGUAACUUUACACAGCUAUAUCUCUUUCUUUCACUGACUGUGUUGUGUUUGGACUGUGACUGGAUUCAUUUGUGGGGUUCACUUUUCUAUGAGGAUAAUGAAUGGAUGUGCACUCAGCUGGAAGUGGAAUUGUUUGACUUGUAAUUAAGCCCUCAAGAAGAGUACUUCACUACA